GCUCCUCACCGUCUCUUCCGGUGCCGCCAUGGCUGCGGCGGUGUCGGUGUUCGCGUCUCCGGCGGAGCUGGGCGAGGCGCUGGCGGGGCUGGUGGCGGCGCGGGCGGCGGCGCGGGGCGGCGCGGGGCGGUUCUCGCUGGGGCUGUCGGGCGGGAGCCUCGUGGAGCUGCUGGCGAAGCACCUGCCGCCCGCGCUGCGCCGCCCCGAGCGCCCCGCGGAGCCCUGGCUGCUGGCGCUGUGCGACGAGCGGGUGGCGCCGGGCCCCAACCCCCACAGCACCGCCCGCCACUACCGGGAGCGGUUGCUGCCGCAGCUGCCAGCGCCAGCACCGACGGUUCUGGUGCCCAACGCCGAACUGGGCCCGGACGGCGCCGCCCGCGACUACGGAGAGCGUCUGCGGCAGGCCUUCCCGGGUGCAGCCAUUCCAGUCUUUGAUCUCCUGCUGCUGGGACUCGGCCCGGACGGACACACGGCCUCGCUCUUCCCCGGCCACCGCCUGCUCCAGGAAACAGAGGAAAUCGUCGCCGCCCUCACCGAUUCCCCGAAGCCGCCGCCGGAGCGGGUCACGCUGACGCUGCCGGUGCUGAACGCGGCGCGCACGGUGGUCUUUGCCGUCACGGGCGAGGAGAAAGCUCCCGUUGUCAAGCGGAUCCUGGAAGGCAACGAGGAGAACCCCCUUCCAGCCGCCCGCGUCCGCCCUCACUCCGGGGAGCUCCUCUGGUUCCUGGACGAGGCGGCAGCCAAAGAGUUGACCAUCCCGGUGGAGAAGCAUUCCGGCUUGUAGAGCCAUUCCUGGCGGAGGACGGCAUUCCAGACCAAGAACGCCGUCAACCUGAUGUUCUGGGCCAAGGACACCAUGAAGCUGAUGUUCCAGACCAAGAAUGCCAUCAACCCGAUGUUCUGGGCCAAGGACACCAUGAUGUUCUGAGCUGAGGACACCAUAAGCCGUCAUUCCAGGCCAAGAAUGCCUCAAAGCCAACGUUCUGGGCUGAGAACAUCACAAAGCUGCAAUUCCUGACCAAGAAUGCCACCAAUCCAAUCUUCUGGGCCAGGAACAUGAUGUUCUGAGCUAAGGACACCAUGAAGCUGACAUUCCAGACCGCAAAUGGCGCCAAUCCAAUAUUCUAGGCCAAGAAUGCCUCAAAGCCAACGUUCCCAAGCCAAGAACACCAUGAAGCUGGCGUUCCAAACCAGAGAACACCACCAACCCAAUGUUCUGGACCAAGAACACCACGAAGCAGAUGUUCCAGACCAAGAACGCCAUCAAUCCAGUGUUCCAGGCCAAGAACACCACAAUGUUCUGAACCGAGGACGCCACGAAGCCGACGUUCUGGGCUGAGAACAUCACGAAGACGGCAUUCCAGGCCAAGAACGUCACCAAUCCAAGGUUCCGGGCCAAGAACGUCACCAAUCCAAGGUUCCGGGCCAAGAACGUCACCAAUCCAAGGUUCCAGGCCAAGAACGUCACCAAUCCAAGGUUCCAGGCCAAGAACGUCACCAAUCCAAGGUUCCAGCCAAGAACGUCACCAAUCCAAGGUUCCGGCCAAGAACACGAUGUCGCGGUGACACCGGAAUGGGGGAGAAGACCAUGAGGGUGGAGGAAUUCCUGGGCUGGAGGUGGAUUUUGGGGCACAAAGCCGCGGGAUGGGGCGCGUGGCGCCGCUGGCCGUGGGGAACGAGGGUUUGGGCUCUGCUUGAGAGCCCGAAAAAAGAGCUUUUAAUCAAAAAAAAGAGAUUUUAGUCAAAAAAAAGAGAUUUUAAUAAAAAAAGAAGAGCUUUGAAUCUCAAAAAAAAAAAAAAAGGGCUCUGAAUCCCCAAAAUGGACUUUGGAUCCUCAAAAAAGGGGCUUUGAAUUCAGAAAAAGAGGUUUUAAUUCAAAAAAUAAGAGCAUUUAAUUGAACAAAAGAGGCUUUCGUUCAAAAAAAAAAAGAUUUUAAUUCAAAGAAGAGGUUUUAAUUAAAUAAAAAUGUUUUAAUCUCGAAGGAAAUAGCUUUAAAUGUCAAAAAGAACUCUGGAGCGCUGCAAAGGGGCUUUGAAUCCCCGGAAAAAAAGAGGCGUUAAUGAAAACCAAAGAGUUUUGAGUCAAAAAAAAAGGGCUUUGGAUCCCCCCCC